AUCUCCCCACUCCCACGGACAGCCAGGAAUCUGGCAAUGGCACUUCUUGGAUUUUCUCACCGAUUCCAACAUCACCAUUACCCGCUUUCCCUCCGGCACCAUUAGUAACUUGAAGCACCUAACUGUCACUGAACGAUAUGCACUGCGUUUUCACCUGCGGCAGUGGAUGAAGGUGGUAGACAAGGAGGAGGCUAACGCCUCCGACGAAGACCUCCCCGAAUCUCCCAAGCGAAAGAGCGAUGACGAGGAUGGCUCCCCCAAGAAGCGCAAGAGAGAGGGGCGGACCAUGCUAAGGAAGAAGGGUUAG